ACGAGUUUGUUUGAAAAUUAAAUCAAACAUGUGCGCGUAUCACGAGCCUUACUUAUAGCUCUUCUUGUGUUUUUUUCUGGAUAUAAACUUUUUUUUUAAUUUUUACGCAAUUUAUCUGUUUUGUAUGGGUUUUUAAUAGUUAUCGUUUAUAGACAACAUAUCCAAUAUGUUGGUUUUGUUCGAAACCUCAGCUGGAUACGCUAUUUUUAAGUUGCUGGACGAAAAGAAACUGAAAAAUGUUAACGAUUUGUACAGUCAUUUUCAGACGCCGGAGGAAUCGUCUAAGAUCGUUAAGUUAAAACAUUUUCAAAAAUUUGAAGAUACAACAGAAGCAUUGGCAUCAGCUGCAUCUUUAAUUGAAGGAAAAAUGUGCAAAUCAUUAAAAAAAGUUAUAAAAUCUCAUGUAAAUACUACUGAUUCAUUGAUGGUUGCUGAUCCAAAACUUGGUUCAGCUAUUAAAGAGAAAUUCAAUAUCAGCUGUGUUUCUAGUUCUUCUGCAGGUGAUUUACUUAGAUGCAUUCGGUCUCAGUUUGAAAAUUUAUUAGUUGGCCUUCCUAAGAAAGACUUAACUGCCAUGUCAUUAGGUUUAGCUCACAGUUUAUCACGUUACAAGCUUAAAUUUAGCCCUGACAAAAUUGAUACAAUGAUAGUACAAGCUAUUGGACUGUUAGAUGAACUUGAUAAAGAAGUUAACAAUUACAUAAUGAGAUGUAGAGAAUGGUAUGGUUGGCAUUUCCCAGAACUUGGAAAGAUUCUCACUGAUAAUUUAGAAUAUGUUAAAACCAUUAAAACUCUUGGUAUGAGGGAAAAUGCUAAAUCAAUAGAUUUAUCCUCUAUAUUGAGUCCUGCAUUAGAAGAGCAAGUUAAGGCUGCUGCUGAAAUUUCUAUGGGAACAGAAAUAGCUGAUGAUGAUAUACAGCAUAUAGUACAAAUAUGUGAUGAGAUAUUGGACAUCUCUACUUACCGAACAUCUUUGUCAGAUUAUUUAAAGUCUAGAAUGAUGGCUGUAGCACCUAAUGUAACUGUACUUCUUGGUGAUCUAGUUGGAGCUAGAAUAUUGGCUCAAGGAGGAUCAUUAGUUAAUGUUGCUAAAAUGCCUGCAUCAACAAUUCAGCUUUGUGGAGCUGAAAAAGCAUUAUUCAGAGCAUUAAAGAAAAAACAUGAUACACCAAAGUAUGGUCUUAUUUAUCAUUCCAGUUUAGUUGGCCGAGCAACUGCUAAAGUUAAAGGAAGAAUGUCUCGUAUGUUGGCAGCUAAGGUUGCUCUUGCUGCUCGUUUUGAUGCAUUUGGAGAAUCUGAUACAAUUAGUAUGGACUUGGGUACUAAUCAUUUGGCUAAUUUAGAAUAUAAACUUCGUUUAAUGGAAGAAGGUUCUAUGACUAGAAUUAGUGGAACUGCAAAAGCUAAGGCUAAAUUUGAAAAAUAUCAAGUUAAAAGAGAAAUAGUACAGUAUUCAGCUGCUGCUGACUCAACUAUUCCUAGCAAUAAACGUAAAAUUGAAGAUAUCAGUGUGAAACAAGAAUAUGAAGUAAAAUCUGAAGACAUCAAAGAAGAACCUGGAGUUGAACCUCCAAAAAAAAAGAAGAAAAAGAAUAAGGAACAAUCAAAUGGAAACACUUUAAACAAUGGUGCUAAUGUUUCAAUUAAAAGUGAACAAGAUUCAGUAUUAACUGAAGAAACACCAUCAAAAAAAAAGAAAAAACGAGGAAAUCAAGAACAAGUGGAAGAACAUGUUAUUGUUGCCGAGGAUGAAAAUACACCCAAAAAGAAAAAGAAGAAGAAGCAAAAUAAUGAUUCUGUUGUUGCAGAUACAUCAGUUAAUGAAACAAUUGUUGAACCCGGUAAAAAGAAAAAGAAAAAUAAGAAUAAAAUUGAAGAAACUGAAACUGCAGAAUUAAAUGUUGAAACUAACUCAGAAAAGAAAAAGAAGAAGAAGAAAAAAUCUUUAAAUCCAGAGUAAAGAUUUUUACAAGAAUUAUCAAUUUUUAUUUUUGUUCACUUUUAUAAGUCUAAAUAAAUUAGACUAACAUAAAAAUAUUACACAAGAUGUUAUAUUUUAA